AUGACUUUAAAAAAUUCAUCGAAAAAUCGAACGAAAAUACAAAAAAAUUCUAAAUCAAAUUUAAGUAGAAAAAGUAUUUCUUCAUCAACUAAUCUUCAAUAUACUGUUAAAUUAACUAAGCAAGCUUAUGAAGAACGAGAACAAAAAUGUUCAUAUAAAGAUUAUCUUGCUUUAAUAACACUUGCUGCUUUUAAUAGACAUGCAAUAAAACAUAUACAAAUAGAUAAAUAUAAAACAAAUACUCAAAUUGAAAUGGAAUUACUUAAACGAUGGAAUAAAUUACCAUUAGAAGAUCAAAAUAAAUAUGAAAAUGAAGCGAUUGAUAAUGAUAUAUUUCAUCAAAUAGCUUAUACAAGAAUUGAUCGAGAUGAAAUAUUCGAUGAUAAAUCAUCUUUAACACAUCAUUUAAGUAUACGUAAAGAACUUGAAAUACAAUGGAAUAAUUUAGCAGAUGAUGAAAAAAUUGUUCAUAAAAGAGUUGUUACUAAUCGUGAUAUAGAAAUAAAAAGACUUUUAUAA